AAAGAAACUGACAUCGCUUUUGUGGAUGUGGCGCGUGCGUUAACACACUUCCUCCUCUGAAGACUCUCUGACAAAGCGACCGGUUGCUUCUGCAACUCGUGCUGAGGAAAGAACGAUAUGCGAAACCGCUUGCGAGGCGGUUCAACACAUCUGUCGACAGCGCGUCGACUCCGCAGCGGCAUCUCACAUCCUAGUGCUUGGUUUUCUGAUAUUUCUGCCUUUUCUCGCUUCCAAAAAAACGUGUUCUUGGCCAGGUCAGCACCUUUGUUUUGAAUUCUUUCCUCCUCUCCGAUCUCCACGGGAGUGGUAAAAACGCAAGCAGCUUUUUCGCGGGAAAGCCCGGAAAGCGGCCCAUUGGUCACCUGGUUCAGAUGUCUGGACCACAGUCUCAACGUGGCGAAAACUGCAUGCAAGCGAGUCUGCGGUUCUCUUGCAUCAAAUGAACGCCCUUUUUCACCCUUCCAAAAACGCAGUCGUCUCUCGUACGCGGUGAAUGCAUCUCGCGAGCUUCAGAUGCUUGCAUACUUUCGCUUUCCCCAGCUUCACACUCCUGAGUUUUCUGAGGUGCGACAUUUCCCGUUCGUUCGUUCUCCUGAAACUCAAACAGUUCACUGGGCCCAUUCCCAUCUCUGGUGUUUUUUCCACUGGCGACGAGAUGCCAUUUUCUGAGAGUCCGCGACUUCUUUUACGGACCGAGUCUGGACACAACUUCUCCACAGCCUCGGGACAAAGUCCUUCGCUGCUUUCCUCGACUGGGUGAUUGCUGGGCAACGAUGCGGCAGAGAGAAAAGUAUGCUGACUUUUUGGACGCGAAGACUGGUGGCUUCUCUCCAAGAACAGCAAUUCUCUCACCGAAAGGGUUCAUGUGGUAUUCGUUUGCGCUGGUAACUCGUGCGUCUGCUCGUGCAUCUCAGAGCGUUGCUUCUCUUCCGCUCGUCUAUUCUUUUUCGUUUUCUCCCCGUCACUCGCUUCUUCGUCUCGAUGUCUCUCCGUUCUCUGGGCUACUCAAGGCUUAUAUAACAGGCCCUGGAGUUUAACGUCUUCUCCUACGCCAUUCGCUGCAGGCCAGGACCCUCUUUUCUUCCCCUUUAAAGGUUCUUCAGUUUUCUUUUGUUCUUCCCUUCGCCUCUGGCUCCAGUUUUUCUCUCUCUCGUCAUCUCCAUCAAUCUCUGCUUGACUCUACAUUUCGUCUCUCUCUCGCCUAGCUUUUCUACCUUCCUUCCUCACUCCUUGUGUUUCUCUGCUGGUGCUCUUCCCUUCUGUCCGUUUUCCUGGAGAAUGGCGAGUACGCAAGUCGCUUCGCUGCACGCGCAGCCUUUGCUCCGUAGGUUUCUCCCCAAGCCUGUGUUCCUCGUCAGCGGUGCGCGGACGCCGAUCGGUUCGUACAUGGGUGCCUACAAGAACAUCGCAGCUUUUCGGCUUGGUUCUCUCGCGAUCGAAGGCGCCUUGCGAAGAGCGGGCAUCGAAGGCAGUCAGGUCGACCAAGUCAUCGUCGGCCAGGCGCUCCAGGCGGGCUGCGGCCAAGCCCCGCAGCGCCAGGCCGCCCUCUGUGCCGGCAUUCCUUCAACGACAGACGUAUUUUCCGUGAAUAAAAUUUGUGCCUCGGGCAUGAAGGCCGUCUGCUUGGGCGCAUCCUCCAUCGCGCUCGGACAUCACAAUUCGGUCUUGGCUGUAGGCAUGGAAAGCAUGUCAAAGGUCCCUUAUUUGCUUCCGAAAUCGACGGAGGGCGACCACCGCAUCAGACAUGUCGAGAUGAAGGACGGCGUUCUCUUGGAUGGGUUGUGGGAUCCGUACAACGUGAUGCACAUGGGCGCGUGCACAGAGAGAACUGUGCUAGGCUUGGAGAUCAGCCGCGCAGAUCAAGACGCGUACGCGGUCGAGUCUUACAAACGAGCUGCGGAGGCGUGGAAGUCAGGAGUCAUGCAGAACGAGGGAAUCGAACCCGUCACUGUGGCGGCUGAGACGAAAGGCGAGACGAAAGAAAUCACUCAAGAUGAGGAGUUUUCGCGGAUCAAGCUAGACAAAGUUGCAAGUCUGAGGCCUUGCUUCAAGAGGGAAGGGGGAACCAUCACCGCAGCAAAUUCAUCCAAAAUCAGCGAUGGAGCAGCGGCUUUGAUGCUCAUGUCUGAGGACAAGGUUCUGAAUCUCGAUAUCAAGCCUCUCGCAAGAAUAAUUUCGUAUGCAGAUGCGGCACUGGCUCCAGUAGACUUUGCUCUCGCGCCCGACUUGGCGAUUCGUCGAGCGCUGCGGAAAGCCAAUUUGCAAUCGGUGGACUAUUACGAAAUCAACGAGGCAUUUGCAGCUGUGGUGCUCGCCAACAUGCAACUGUUGAGGCUGGAUCCUUCGCGAGUAAACGUGCAUGGAGGCGCUAUUUCUCUCGGCCAUCCCCUCGGCAUGUCUGGUGUGCGCAUCAUCCUGUCGCUGAUCAACGUGCUGCAUACACGAAACGCCAAGUACGGUUGUGCAGCUAUCUGCAAUGGCGGCGGAGGUGCCACAGCGAUUAUCAUCGAGAAAGUUUAGGGAUAUUUCUCGCGCUGUUGAAGAGGCGAAAGAAGGAGGAACGAUGGUGGGCAUUUUGGUGAAAGAAUGUGACCAGGUGCGUUCACGCGUACGGCAUGGGUCUAUGGGAUAUCAAGGGAAAAGCAGAAAUCAAGAAGGCUCUUUUCGGGGGAUCUUUGAGACGUCGGUAACUUGACACAUACGAAGCAAAGAAACAGGUAUCGGACGUGCGGCGCAGACUCGUACGAAGUCUGAUGUGUGUUUAGAAAAGUCUCUUUCCAUUGUUGUUUCGUGGAAAAACGAGCAACGGGGUGCUUGCAGGCGUCCUGGCUUGACAGGGCCGUCCGCUCGCAUUUUGAUUGGCCAUUGCUUGUGACGAGGCGAGGCAACCUCGGCUGCGGUCACACGACUUUUCUAAACGAAGUCCAUUUGUAGAUCAGGUUUUCCCGAAACGAAUAUGAAAGACUCCGAUUCUCUUUUUUGACGCUGAACUCCCGUCACCGCAUGCUCAAGCAAGUCGCGUGCAUGCACUCGUUUUUUGAUUUCGAUUCUCCAAAGAAAUCCAGUUCCAGACAGAACGAUGGGGGAAAGCAAAUAUUUUGUGUAACACGCAUGCAUGUAUUUUACCGGUCCUCUGUACCGUCUGAUUUUCCGUGGGUUGCGCUUCUGUGUCUCUCUUGAUAGCCCCCAAGAGAAACGGUUGUUGCCUGUCGCUGACUCGGCACCUCGUUAGUGAAAAGUCCGUUUGUGUGCAAGCUCUUUAAGGCCGGUCCGAACCAGGCAAAUGUUGGGGAUUGCGAGGAUUUCGGGUUAUAGCUGUACGUGAGGGACAACAGCAGUGAACGUCGGCAUGCAUUUCUCCGCCUUGUUGCGGUCUAAAGCUGGACUUGAACCAUUCUUUUGGUUUGAGACCAGAUACAGAAACUCACAGAAGCCUUUGCAGGCGCGUCGCCUAUAUCACAAGUUCUUCUUCUACACCAGACCUCAACGGCGGCUUUAUUACUAGCCCGCGGCCUAGCUCGCACGCUACAUGCAUAUACCUAUACAUCUAUUUCUAUCCACGUAACUGUGAGUGUACCUUUAUCUCUAAG